AUGGCUGUUAGUAUCGGUCGACACCAAAUUGGCUUUGAACGAACAGGUCAAACUGCAAAUGUGCCCGACAAUGACAUUGCAAAAAUGAUGUAUUACCUGCAAUGUGUCUGUACAACGAUUGAUUGUAAUAACGAACCUGAGAUUCGUCGCUUUACAGAUUAUUCCAAAUGGUACAAUUUAUCAACUGAUGAACAACAAGAGCUGUUCGCCUUAUGUUAUGCUCUCAGUCCGGACGUAUUCAAUAACAAAGUGUUUUUCCAAAGUGAUGCACUUAGUGGCAAUUCAUCGAACGAGUUCUAUGAAAUCAGCCAAGUCAGCAGCCAGAUAGUAGCUGCACGUUCGAUUGUUGUUGCUGGGCAAACUCGUCGAGUGAACAAAAUAAUGACAUACAAGAUGUCCUGGAUGCGAAACUACUAUCUUGAACCAAUGCAACGAUUAGCACAGCGGUUCACUAAGAAGAAAAGCCGGUGCACCAUUUCAUAG